AUGGCGUUGUGCGACGGCAACGCGGCCACCAUCGCUAGCAUCCGGCGGCGGCCGGCGCGCCAGCCCUCGGCGGUGUACGCGCUCAUCCUGCACCUGUCGGCCGCCGACCUGCUGGUGACGGUCUUCUGCAUCGCGGGCGAGGCCGCCUGGAGCUACGCCGUGCAGUGGCUGGCCGGCAACGCCGCCUGCAAGCUCUUCAAGUUCGCGCAGGUGUUCAGCCUCUACCUGUCCACCUUCAUCCUAGUGCUCAUCGGCAUCGACCGCUUCGUCGCCGUGCGCUACCCCAUGCGCGCGCUCGGCACCGCCAAGCGGCUCAGCCGCCUCAUCGCCUUCGUCUGGGUCCUCAGCAUGCUGCUCAGCAUCCCACAGAUGGUGAUCUUCCACGUGGAGAGGGGCCCGUUCUGCGAGCUGUUCCUGCAGUGCGUGACGUACGGCUUCUACACGGAGCCGUGGCAGGAGCAGCUGUACGCCGCCUUCAGCCUCAUGUGCAUGUUCGUGCUGCCGCUCGCCAUCCUGAUCGGAACAUACGUCUCCACCGUCAUCACCAUUGCGAGGAGCGAGCGGGCGUUCCGGGCAGAAGUGGCCGUGGGGCUGAAGAGCGAAGUGCUGGACGCCAACCGGCGGCGUCUGAUCCACCGCGCCAAGACCAAGUCCAUGCGCAUCUCGGUCGUCAUCGUGGUCGCCUUCAUCGUCUGGUGGACGCCCUACUACUGCAUGAUGAUCAUCUUCCUCUUCCUGAACCCUGACAAGCACCUGAGUGAGGACUUGCAGUCGGCCAUCUUCUUCUUUGGGAUGUCCAACAGCCUGGUCAACCCAAUCAUCUACGGCGCUUUCCACCUAUGGAGACCAAAACGCAGGGGUCGACUCAGCGAUAGAGGGAGGGACGGCUCGACGUUCACGCAGCGCAGCCUGAUGGGCAGCAUGCGGCGCGUGCGGCCGCCCACGGCUGAGGAGACGACGCUGGUGGCGCUGGAGGAGGGCCCGGCCGCCGCCGCCGCCGCCCCCGCAGUAAGUGCAAUGCAGACCACCGCGGCCGGCGGCGGCGGAGGGGGAUGUGUAUAUGAUAGCAAUGGUGGUGGCAGUAUUGGCGGUAGUGGGGGUCGACAUUACGAGAAGGGGAAAAGCACAGGACAGGACAAAGAAGGCGACGAGAAACACAGAGUAGAAGGGACGGAGAAACUAUGUAGGAGACUGGGGACGAAGCCCCAUUCUGCUGCUGCUGGCGGGGGAGGCGACCUGGCUGGCCAGCCAGUGGGGACGCUAUUGCUGCUGCUGCCACUGCCGCUGCUGCUGCUGCUGGAGGCUGGCUGGGACUGCAGCUGGACGCUGGACGCUGGCUGCUGGGAGGAACCGCUGCUGGCUUCUGGCUGGGACCGCUGCUGGACGCUGGCUGCUGGCAGGAACCGCUGCUGGACGCUGGUUGCUGGCAGGAACCGCGGCUGGCCGCCGGACGCUGGCUGCAGGCUGCUGGCAGGAACCGUUGCUGGCUGCUGGACGCUGGCUGCAGGCUGCUGGCAGAAACCGCUGCUGGCUGCUGACAGAAACCGCUGCUGGCUGCUGGCAGGAACCGCGCGGUAG